UAGACAUUUAUGAUCCCAAGGAUUUUUCAGUUACUGUGUCAUCAUUGGAUGAAAUGGUGGUGUCUGUCCAAGCAAACCUUCAGUCCAGAUGGCCGGUUGUGGUCGCACAGGGUGAAGGGCAAGGGCCCUUGAUUAAAUUAGAAAUGAUGAUUAGUGAGCCCUGUCAGAAGACCAAGAGGAAGAGUGUUCUUGCCGUGGGUAAAGGGAAUGUCAAGGUCAGAUUUGAACCAAAUAUUUAUGAGCACCAAGGAGGCACCAACAAUAUUGAGGGCAUCAGUCGGGAAUACAAGGACCACCUCAGUAAUUCCAUAGAGCGUGAAGGAAACCGGGAGAGAGCAGGUCAGGAGUGGUUCCAGCAUGGCGCCUCGGUUGGCCAAGAGGAACGUAGCAACAAAAGCACAACCCCACAGUCUCCCCAGGAAGGAAAGGAUAAGAAGUCACUCAAGAGUGGUGGUCCAGACGCGUUCACAAGUUUCCCCACUCAAGGGAAGUUACCGGAACCCAAUAAUCCCAGUGACCUGACAGUGACCUCCAGGGGGUUAAGUGACUUGGAGAUCGGCAUGUACGCUCUGCUCUGCGUCUUCUGCCUGGCCAUUUUGGUCUUCUUGAUCAACUGUGUGGCCUUUGCUUGGAAAUACAGACACAAAAGAUUUGCCGUGAGCGAGCAAGGCAACAUCCCCCAUUCCCAUGACUGGGUCUGGCUUGGGAAUGAAGUAGAACUUCUGGAGAACCCCGUGGACAUCACCCUCCCGUCGGAGGAGUGCACGACCAUGAUAGACAGGGGACUGCAGUUCGAGGAGAGGAACUUCCUUCUCAAUGGCGGUUCCCAGAAGACUUUCCAUAGUCAACUGCUCAGACCCUCUGACUAUGUCUAUGAGAAAGACCUUAAAAGUGAGCCUAUAAAUCCAUCGGGCCCAAAGCGGAAGCGAGUCAAGUUUACUUCCUACACCACCAUCCUCCCGGAGGACGGCGGCCCAUACACCAACUCCAUCCUGUUUGACAGUGAGGACAACAUCAAGUGGGUCUGUCAGGACACGGGGCUGGGGGGUCCCCGGGACCUUAGAGACUAUAUGGAAAGCCUGCAAGACCACAUGUGAACUCCUUUCUUACGUUUGUAUUCACCUUUAUGCCUUCUGUUUUUUGAA